GCUGCAUGAGAUUGAGAUUCCAGGCGUGGGGGGGCGUCAUAAAAACUAAAACCUUCCUUCUUCCUGCCCUGCGCUAAUCUUUCAACCUGCAUUUCGUUUUUUUCUCUCCCUUCCUUCCUCACUCUCCAUUUAUUCUCCAACCUUUCUUUUCAAUUUUCCAUUUUCCAUUUUCUAGCUUCACGCGUUUUCAAACCCCACCCCCUUCCCUUUUUGCCGCAUUCUGCACUAAACAUACUCUCUCCUUUUCACUUUUCCCAUUCCUUCCUCCUUUUGCUUUUUCUUUCCCAGAUUUCACUUCCACACCCUCAUACAGUCUCAGCUUCGACUUUCUUUGGAGCAGAGCCAUGUCCAAGCUUCUGCUCCUUCUUUUUCUCAUACCACUUACUUUUACCAAAUGGGUUCAUGCCUUUCACCUCUAUAACCUCUCUGAUUCUUCUCUCUUCGAUUCUUACCAAACCUCCUUUGCUGCGACCCUUAAUCCUCUCAUCGUCCCUCUCACUCUCAUUCAUGGAGCUGAUGCAAAACAAGCAGUCUGUUUGGAUGGCACUUUGCCUGGAUAUCACUUGCAUCGUGGAUAUGGGUCAGGAGCAAAUAGCUGGCUUGUUCAAUUGGAGGGAGGUGGAUGGUGUAACAAUAUCAGGAAUUGUGUCUAUCGUAAAACAACCAGGCGUGGAUCAUCAAGAUUUAUGGAGAAGCAGAUACCAUUUACAGGAAUUCUAAGUAACAGAGCUGAAGACAAUCCUGAUUUUUUUAAUUGGAACAGAGUAAAGGUUCGUUACUGUGAUGGUGCCUCUUUUACUGGGGAUUCAGAAAACAAGGCUGCACAGUUGCAAUUUAGAGGACAGCGGAUUUGGUUGGCUGCUAUGGAAGCAUUGAAGGCCGAGGGAAUGCGGUUUGCUAAACAGGCCUUGCUUUCUGGAUGCUCCGCUGGAGGUUUGGCAUCUAUUUUACACUGUGAUGAAUUCAGAGAAUUAUUUCCAAGAACUACUAAAGUAAAAUGUCUGAGUGAUGCUGGGUUAUUCCUUGAUGUGGCUGAUAUAUCUGGAGGGCACUUUAUUAGAAACUUAUUUGGAGGUGUGGUGGGCUUGCAGGGAGCAGGAAGAAAUUUGCCAUCCUUUUGUAUGAGCCAUCUUGAUCCAACUUCGUGUUUCUUCCCACAAAAUAUAAUUGCUGGAAUCAGAACCCCACUGUUUCUUGUCAAUGCAGCAUACGAUUCCUGGCAGAUACAAUCCAGUUUAGCCCCACCUUCCCUGGAUCCAGCUGGGUAUUGGCAUGAUUGUAGGCUGAAUCAUGCGAAAUGUAACCAACCCCAGAUUCAAUUUCUUCAAGGAUUCAGAAACCAAAUGUUGAAUGCUGUUAGCGAUUUCUCAAAAUCCUCUGAAAAUGGGUUAUUUAUUAAUUCAUGUUUUGCUCACUGCCAAACUGAGAGACAGGACACAUGGUUUGGCGACAAUUCUCCUGUCAUUGGAAACAAGCCAAUUGCUCUGGCUGUUGGAGAUUGGUACUUCGAUCGAGCAGCAGUGAAAGCAAUUGAUUGUCCCUAUCCCUGUGACAGGACGUGCCACCAUCUGGUUUUUAGAAGCGGUUAGCCUCAAAGGCUGGUUUCUUCAUUUCUGCAAAUCAUUUUUUUUCUUCUCUCGGUGCGUUGUUGAAGGCAGUCAUAUUGCAAUUUGAUUAAGAAGUCAAUAAACAAGAAAGAAGCUGCUGAGAUGACAAAUGUGAUCUGCAGUUCUUCUGCAAACUUGUUUCAACAUAGAAGAAAGGUUGGUAUCAUCAUCCUCUAGUAAUUUAAAUAGUUGACAUCAAUUGGCUUUACCUUCAUUGGGAAAAGCUUAGCUUAGCAUUGAAGCAAAAAAGAAAAACCACAUCUUUAGUAUUCAAUUCAAAAUUUGAGAGUUGGCAAUUGAAUUACAGUUGAACCUAAAUGUUACAUGAUAUGGUCAAUUUGGAUGUUGUGAUGCUCCAUUCAAUGUUAAUUAUGUUAUUCUUCAA